GAGUGCUGGUAGGAGGAGGAGUUGCGUGCAAACAGGAAGUGAGUGAUGAUUGGAGGAGGAGUUGCGUCCAAACGGGAAGUGAGUGCUGAUAGGAGGAGGAGUUGCGUCCAAACAGGAAUUGCUGCCAACUCGCUGGCCGCACACACUUCCUGCAGAUUGUCCCAACACUCCAGGAGAACACUCGCAUGUCUCCAGGAGGACUGCAGACAACAAGAUGAGGAGCGGGGACUUCAGGGAGGGAACGCCAGGCUUGCAUUUUCUCCACGACGUGAGCAGAAGGCGCCACCUGGAAGUCGGUGUGGCUUGCACUUUCCUCCACCUUGUCCAGCCUCCUUGUUGGAUGGAGUCCACUUGUUGAGGCGCUGAUGGAAGUGGCCCUCGAGGACUGGACUGACGCACUACAGCAUGAACUGGAAACUCUUGAAGACUCUGACAUGGACGCUGCUUUUUGUCUCCUAAGUUAGUAGAUAGUUUUUUCUCUGCAAGGAUGCGCUCCCCAGAACCGUCCUCCUUCCCCUUAUCAGAAGCCCUCCUUCACGGCCAGUUUGCCAGCUGGGGAGGCGGCAGCGGCAACAGCUGCCCCAACAGCCCCGGUGCCCCUGGGGGGCAGGCCCCCCCGCCCGCAGCCCCGGCCUCCAGCUACGCCCUGACCCUCACCCACGUCCACGUCCACAUCCAGCGCCUGUCGCCGCGAGCGGGCAAGGAGGCCCGCCUCCUGCUGCCCCUGGCGGAGCUGGUGGGCUGCAGCUGCCCCCGGGCCCCCGCGCCCCCUCUCCUGGUCCUCUACUGGUACCCGCCGGGGAAGAGACGCAAAGGGGUGUCGCGGCGCAGGCAGGUGAGGGCCUACCUGGCCGAGAGCCGAGCCGAAGCGGAGAGAUGGUCGGCGGCGGUGCAGUGUUUACUUGGAGGUGUGGCGGUCACUGCUGAAACAGAAUUUUCUAGAAGCCUCCUUCCACGUCCCAAGCGACUGCUGCUGCUGGUCAACCCCUUCAGCGGCAGAGGACAGGCCAUGCAGUGGUGUCAUACCCACAUCCUGCCCAUGAUCAGGGAGGCCAACAUCAGCUACAACCUGAUACAGACAGAGCGUCAGAACCAUGCUCGAGAGCUGAUCAGGGAGAUAUCUCUGCCAGAGUGGGACGGUGUGGUCAUCAUUUCUGGAGAUGGACUCCUGCACGAGGUGAUCAACGGGCUGAUGGAGCGUGCAGACUGGGAACAAGCCAUAAAAACACCUGUGGGCAUUCUUCCCUGUGGAUCUGGCAACGCACUGGCUGGUGCCAUCAACCACAAUGCGGGGUACGACAUGUGCCUGCGGGAGCCUCUGCUGCUGAACUGCUGCUUCCUGCUGUGUCGUGGCGGCGUGCGGCCCAUGGACCUGGUCUCCGUGACAACCAGCCCCUCCUCCUCCUCGCCCUCCUCCAACAACAACAACAACAGCCGGGCGGCAGCGCCCAGAAGGGUCUUCUCUUUCUUGUCCGUGGCCUGGGGCUUCGUGUCGGAUGUGGACAUUGAAAGUGAGAGGUACCGCGGCCUGGGCUCGGCUCGUUUCACUCUGGGGACCCUGGUGCGAAUCGCCUCCCUGCGCUCCUACAAGGGUCGUCUGUCCUACCUCCCCCCCGCCACCGUGGCAUCCUCGCCCGACGCCACGCCCCCGCCACCGAGGAGGCCCCUGUCCCGCAGCAUCACCGAGGGCCUGGAGGGCUUCUGCAAAACUCCCAUCCACCGCACCAGCUCCGACAUGGGCAUCAGCGAGCAGAGGAGUCUGCGGCGGGGCGAAGGAGAGCGGGAGAAGGAAGACCGGCAGCGAGAGCGAGAGCAGCGGCGGGAGCGAGCCCGGGGAGGCGGCACGGGCGUGGUGAGGGCCAGCAGCCUCAUGGAGGACCGGGAGAAGGAGACUGAGAUGGAAGAGGAGAGGCUGAGAGGGGAACGCAACAUGGCUACCGGGGACGGAGCCUUGGCACAGAUCGAAGAUGAGGAGGGAGGAGCAGGGAUGGGGGAGGGACUAGUGCCCACUGAAGAGACGGAUGGCGAGGCAGAAGGUUGCUACACCUACCAAGACGGAGCCUGUGACGCCAAGCCAACCCUCAGAAAGAACUCGGCUCCUUCGAGCCAGAUCGCCAACACACUGUUCAGUCAGCCGCUCGCACAGGAAGCAGACGCCGGCGCCUCGUAUGGGGCGGAGGACAUGGACUUGAACGGGAGCUACGCCUACCCUCUGGACGGGACCCGCGAGCGAGCCCUCACCAUCUCCUCCCCCUUCCGUCACUCCCCUUUCUCCUACAAGCCGAGAACUGUGGACCACAACAAGAACUCCUCUCGGCCACGCCCCCUGUCGCUCAUGCAGCACUCCCACUCCAACUCCCUGCCCCCGAAACUCCCUUCCCUCUCCCUCUCCCUCUCGCCCACGCCGCCGUCGUCGCCUUCCUGCGCGUCCCCGCGCUCCUCGUCCUACCUCGCCCCGCGCCCGAACACGCCGGGGUCCGCCUCGCCGUCGCCCUCGCUGCGCACGCAGUCCUCCACGUUCAACUUCGACAUGGCCGAGCCGAACGGCCCCUUCAAGAACCGUCCUUACGUGCCGCUGCCUUCCAACCUGCCCAGGGAUGAGCUGCUUCCCCCGCUCGACCAGCCCCUUCCCACACGGGACUGGGUCACCAUCGAGGGGGACUUUGUCCUGGUCCUGGCCCUCUAUCAGAGCCACCUGGGAGCCGACCUCCACGCCGCGCCCCAGGCCCGCUUUGACGACGGACUGAUCCACCUGACCUUUGUGCGGGCGGGCAUAUCCAGAGCCACCUUACUCCGACUGUUCUUCGCCAUGGAGCGAGGAACCCACCACUCUGUCAGCUCGCCGUAUGUGAGCCACAUCAGCUGUCGGGCCUUCAGGCUGCAGCCCUUGUCCACGCGAGGGACCCUGACUGUGGAUGGAGAACUGGUGCCUUACGGGCCGCUGCAGGCGCAGGUUCACCCUUCCUUGGCCCGCCUCAUCGUGGGCGACUCUGGCAUGCAGAUCACCAGGUUCUGACUGACAGCUGGGGAAGAAGGGAAGUUCUGGCUGACAGCUGGGGAAGAAUUUCUGACUGACAGCUGGGGAAGAAGGGAAGUUCUGACUGACAGUUGGGGAAGAGGGGAAGUUCUGACUGACAGCUGGGGAAGAAGGGAAGUUCUGACUGACAGCUGGGGAAGAAGGGAAGUUCUGACUGUCAGGUGGGGAAGAAGUUCUGACUGUCAGCUGGGGAAGAAGUUCUGACUGACAGCUGGGGAAGAGGAGAAGUUCUGACUUUCAGCUGGGGAAGAAGUUCUGACUGACAGCUGGGGUCGAAGUUCUGACUGACAGCUGGGGAAGAAGGGAAGUUCUGACUGUCAGGUGGGGAAGAAGUUCUGACUGACAGCUGGGGAAGAAGUUCUGACUGACAGCUGGGGAAGAAGGGAAGUUCUGACUGUCAGGUGAGUGGGAGGUACUGACUGUCAACUAGGGAAGAAGUUCUGACUGUCGGCUGGGGAAGAAGUUCUGACUGACAGCUGGGGAAGAAGGGAAGUUCUGACUGUCAGGUGAGGGGGAGGUACUGACUGUCAACUAGGGAAGAAGUUCUGACUGUCGGCUGGGGAAGAAGUUCUGACUGACAGCUGGGGAAGAAGGGAAGUUCUGACUGUCAGGUGAGGGGGAGGUACUGACUGUCAACUAGAGAAGAAGUUCUGACUGUCAGCUGAGGAAGAAGUUCUGACUGACAGCUGGGGUAGAAGUUCUGACUGACUGCUGGGGAAGAAGGGAAGUUCUGACUGUCAGGUGGGGAAGAAGUUCUGACUGACAGCUGGGGAAGAAGGGAAGUUCUGACUGACAGCUGGGGUAGAAGUUCUGACUGACAGCUGGGGAAGAAGGGAAGUUCUGACUGUCAGGUGAGGGGGAGGUACUGACUGUCAACUAGGGAAGAAGUUCUGACUGUCAGCUGGGGAAGAAGUUCUGACUGUCGGCUGGGGAAGAAGGGAGUUUAAAAAAGGGAGGUUGAAGAAGGGCGGGACUUGAGCCAGCCAGGCCUGGUCGGAGCAGGAAGUGACAAUGAUUGCGCAAGACAAGCUCUACCACACGUGACGCCAAUGAAAGGCAAGAGUGUAUGCGCUCACACUCACCUUUGACCUUUGGCUAGGACACGCCCACCUUGACCAAUCACACACUUUCACCUUCCUUCACUCUUUGCCCUUCUCCAUCCAAACAUCUUCUGCUGGCAUGGAGGUGGAACAAAAUGUCCUUUUUUUACAAAAAAAUGUGUUUUUAAAAAAUCGAUUCUUGAAAACGAUUCGAUUCAGAAUGGACUCAACUUGAUGAAAAGGGAUGGUCACGAUGUGAUGAAAGUUCCACAAGAGGAGACAGGUGAGAACUUUUAGUGAAAUUGUACUGAGAUGGCCUAAAAUGUCUUAAAAAAAAAAAAAAAGAAAGAUUCUUAUAAAAAAAAAAAAAAGAAGAUAAAAUUCUUUUGUUCAAUCGAUUUUUGCAAAUGAUGAAUGGAUUUAGAAUCAAGACGAGCAAGAAUCACAAUUUGGAUGUGAGUCGAUGUUCUUGAGAACUAUUUGAAAUGUGGACAGAACACUUUUACACUUUGCAUCAGUCCAUCUUAGGUGAGCAAAGUGUUUCUGGGUGUUGUUGAUACAUUCUUGUGCACCUCUGCAAGGUCACCAAACCAUUCAAUCUUAUUCCUGCUUGACCAUUUGAUUCAGAAUCCAUUCCCCAUUCAAACCCACUCUCACAAUAAUAAUAAUAAUAAUUACAAUGAAAUUGCAUUGAGGUGGCCUAAAAAUUGAUUUAAAAAUCAUUAUUUUU